AAAAAAAAUCUAAGGAAAUCGACCGUUCCUCCAAGGCUGGCGUCUGCAUGGUCUGGAUAACAAAAAGAACAGAUGCUACUUAGGUUCAGGCAAUUAUUCUCGAAGCCCUAUAUCUCUAAUAUUAUAUCUAAUCAUUUUGGACGGAUUCCAGAUCAUUUUGCUUUGGAUCAGUCUUGCGAUCAACAUCUUUAUUCUUCUCGCUGAGGCAGACAACAACAUGACGUGGCAAGUAGCAAUCGCUCUCCUGCUGGUGGGAGUUGGUGUCGUCUCUGCAGCUAUCGGUGACCAAAACUUUCCUGGGUGUUGGCCGAAAUGGACCAGCGAUCAUCCCCGACCCGCCUGUGACUGCAGUAAAGCAUCGGGUAGAGACUCUUGGGUUUAUGGUGAAAGUGGCUACUUGACGUGCUGGAGUGACCGAGGGGUACCAGGAAUGGUGUACAGAUUUAACCCAGAGUUACAGACACGUUCUCAAGCCUCAAAGGGCUGCAACAAUUGGGAUGAAGCAGUGUGUGAGGGCGAAUACUUGGGUGGAGUAGACCAAGGGCUAUGGAGAACCGGUUUGCUGAACAUCCAAUUUGAAAACGAACUGGAAGGGGGUGUCAUACCUGCCCUCGCCAAAGCCUGCAUCACUCCAAGAACAAACGGGUACGUGUGGUUCUGGGUCCGCAGGAUCGCCUACGGCAAAGUGUCCUUCGUUGAUGGGUCAAGUUCCAAACAAAGCGGCGAAUGCUUGGCUAUCAGAGUCGGUAACGAUGGUCGAAUCUACGGCCGGUAUUUUAGUUGCAGUCAGAAGCUACCGUCCUUCUUUAGGAUCACACCAGUACAAAGUCACUAGAGGAACCGAUCUGAAAAUGAAAGGCGAUUGCCUUGACCAACCGUAGAUCAUCUUUUUCAAUUCGAAGUUAAGUGCUGUGCGAAUGAAUCCUCUGGAUGUUAGUUAGCACAGGGUCACCCAAAAAGCAUUAUAUAAGAUUAAAGCAUACAUUCACCAUGUCGACCUCUGUUGUUGUUGUCGUUUAUCAUUUUCAUCAAGAAAAUUACGGGUAAACAUUGGCCUACGAAACUCUGAAUAAAAAUCGAUUUGACCAUUGCUAUUUUGGACAGCCUGAUUUUCCUGCGGCAUCUAAUUCCGGGGUGUAAUAUAUCAUUUAAUUAGAGAUUGAGAUUUAAUUCAUUUCAAAUGUGAACAUUGCAUUUCCCGAAAGCGUUAUUGUCAUACUCAAUAUUUAAUCAACACCAAAUGGUGAAGAUUUGUUCAAAUAAGCAAUGAAGCGAUGACGUCACAUAUUUCUUUGUAUUUUUUUAAAUUUCAGCAUUUUAGGAACCAUUUCUUGAUUGAGCAUGCAUGAUAAACAGCACCCGUAACCCAAAUGCGGCUAGAAUCGGUUCAUAGAGCCCAAUAUGUGGCCAUAUAAUUUGUAGUAAGCGCCAAUGAAAUCAGUAAAAAUUGGUCCCGCGUUUUAAACUUGUAUCAGUUAUCAAACAAGCAAAACUGCACAGAGUUCGAUGGUGGUAUACUUAGGUAAUUUUAUUUAGCAUUUAGGUGGACAUUGAUCAGGUCAAUGAGAAUAAACUUCCUAUAAAUGGGACUUCGAGAGGCUUGUCAGCAUGCGCUGCCUAUAAUGGGGUAAUGAAAAUGCUGAAAUACCAAAAUACACACACUAAAAACACACACACACAAAUCUCCUAGAAGCAAACGAAAUGAUGGCGUCACAAUGUCUUUUUUCUUUAAAUGAAGAGCUGUUGGAAACAUGCCAAAAACAGAUUUCGCCCCCGUGUUUUAAAAAAGUACACGACACAACGAGUUUGACCGCCAUUCAUACCUAUUCUCAUAAUAAAAAUGAAGAUCUUUCGUAUUAUUUUCAUGUUAUGUUUUCUUGUUGCUUUUUGAAUGUAUGAUAAAUACAAACGAUCAGAUUUCACGGUUCAUGUAACUUACUGUUAUGAGCAGUCAACGAAAGAAGUAAUAAAACGGUUGGUCACAUAUAA